UGGUUUCAUUCAAGCUUAAAGGACAGGUUUUUUGUUUGUUAUUUUGUUUGUGGGCAAUUGGAAGCGCUCUAUCGCCACAACACCCCCCUAUUCGAUCGUUUCUUCUGACUCCUCGCCCCCCCCCCCAAUCCCCUAAGCCUCUUCGUCUACCAUGACCUCGCUCGUGGCGCUGUUCGACUACAGCGGAGACGCAACGAGCACACUCACCUUCAAGCAAGGCGAGCGAUUCACACUGGUCAACAAGGACAAUGCAGAUUGGUGGCAGGUGGACUACAAGGGCACGCCAGGCUUUGUGCCCUCUACAUAUGUCAAGGUGGCAGAGGACCACGCUCCUGUACCCUCGAUGCCGGCUCCCGCACCACCAACGCAAGCGGCGGCGGCGGCAGCAGCAGGCGCCGUGAACAUUGCCGAACUGCCGCUGCCAGACACUGCCUUGUUGGCGGCCACGUCGAUUGCUGCAGCGUCUGCGUCGGGAGACACAGAUGAUUUGGAUGCACUGGAUGCUCUUGACAAGGCUUUGGAUGCACAACGCGAGCAGUUUGACGCAGCGAUUGCCGACGACGACGAUGACGAGAUUUCCACGCCCCUCUCCUCCACUAACUCGCCCUUGCCGGCGGCUGUGCCUGCCACUGCUGCCGCUGCAUCCGCGUCCUUGGCAAACAAAGGCUUCCAAGGCAGGCGGAGUGUGUCCACUGAAAAUUUCCAAGCCACCACCGCUUUGCCGGAAAAUUGGGUGGAGGCGACCGAUGCCAACGGCAAGACCUACUACUACAACCGCGUCACAAAGCAAACAAGCUGGUCACGUCCACUGGAUCGGCCGCUCCCCGAAAACUGGAAGGCUGUUGCAGACGCGUCGGGCAAGACAUACUAUUACAACUCUGUCACCCGCGAAACAUCCUGGUCCUUCCCUGCCGGUGCGCCGGCACCAUCCACUGCGCCCGGCGCUGCUUCUACUACUACUACUGCUGCUGCUUCUGCUGCUGCUGCACCAGUGACGGCGGCUGCGGCUGCCGCCUCCUCCCAGCCCGUCUCACGCGGUCCCCCGCCUCCCGCAAUGGUCUCUGCGCCCGUCGGCGGCAGCCAUGGGCCCCCGCCUGCAACAAAGAAGAAGCCCGUCGGCUUGCCCGGCGCUGCCCCAGCAGGUGGUGCCCCAGCACCCACCUCCUCCUCCGCAGUCCCCCAAUCCCUCGUGGCCCCUCCACCGGCCAUUCCGGCAGCUCCUACCUCCACUUCACCCACCCCACCUCGCAAGCCAGAGCGGCCUGUGACGAUGAUUGUCAACCCCAACGUCCCAGUCACGCCACUUCCCCCAGUGAAUUGGGACAGCCAGCAACCACCACAUCCGCCAGCAUCCGCUCCGGCACCGGCACCAGCACCAGCACCACACGCACCCGACGCGGGCGUGGCCGGUCCGCCAAAGCCCUCUGCCAAGCCAAAAAUGGUUCCUCCUCCGCCGCCAGGCGGCAAGCCCACUCAUGCACGCACCCCGUCCUCCGACUUGACUGCCAACGGAGCCUUGCCGCCUCCGCCUGUGGACGACGAGGAUUUCAUGCCGCCGCCGCCCAUCCCUGCCGAUCUGCCUGGCUCGCCCGCCCUGUCUGCCUCCCAGCGCUCAAUGUCCAUGACCGGACUCGACUCGCCUGCAGUUUCCGCUUCUUCAUCGGCAUUUGCCUUUGAGGACUUGGGCAUGGAGAAGGCCGAGGAAGUCAAGUCCAUCGACCCGAACACGGUCGCCGUCGAGGGCUAUGUCAGCAAGAAGAAUGUGCUCGAGUUUGGCCGCCCGUCCAAGAUGCGUGGCUGGAUUACCUACUAUGUCAUGUUGCUAGGCACUCGGUUGAUUUUCUUCAAAGACCACAAGGUUAUUCUCAAAGCCAAGAAGAACGGCACGGCGUUGCGUCCGCUCGGCACGGUCGACUUGAUUGGCGCGACUGCCGACAUUGCGUACGGGUACACUAAAAAGAAGAAUGUCUUUUCAGUCAGCACGCGCAACGGCACUCAGUUCUACAUGCAAACCGAUGCCGCAACUGCCAUGAUGAACUGGAUUACCCGGAUCCAGACGGUGCUCAAGUCGUUCUCUGGCGAGACUGUCGAGACGGUGUCGCAGCAAAUGAGCCGGUCGAGCAUUUCCCAGACUCCCCCCAAGAAGAAGGUUGAGGACGACAAGAAGAAGAAGCUCGAGGACGAAAAGAAGAAGAAGCUCGAGGAUGACAAGGCCAAGAAGGCCCAAGAAAAGGCCGCCAAAGACCAAAAGAAAAAGCCGGCCGCUCCAGGAGGCACGCUUCGAUCGCGCAUGUCCACGGCUGAGCUCGAAACCAUUGACUCGACUGAAGGCGAGGAAAAGAAGACCAAGAUCAAGAAGCGCCUCUUGUUCUUCUUCUCGCAUCGUCCGACCAUGGAAAACCUGCGUGAUGAGGGUUUGAUUCAAGAUCCUUACUUUGGUGGAACGCUCUCCAAGAUCUGCGAGAAGGAAAACUUGGAAGUACCCAGCUUUGUGCAGCAAUGUGUUGAGAACAUUGAACAGCGAGGAUUGGAUAUUGUUGGCAUCUAUCGUCUCUCCGGCUCGUCUACACUCAUUCAGAAGAUUCGCUACAAGAUCAACUCGGACGAACCUCUCGAUUUUGCCGAUCCAAUUUGCGAGGAUGUGAAUACGGUCACUGGCGCGCUCAAGCUGUUCUUCCGCGAGCUGUCAGAACCUGUCAUUCCCUUUGACUCGUUCGAUGCCUGCAUUGCCGCCAUCAAGCAAGGUGAUAUUAAGGCCAAGGUUGAGGGCUUGAAAAAUGCCGUCAACGAGUUCCCAGCCGUAAACUUUAAUACUCUCCGCUUCAUGGUCAAGCACCUUGCAAAGGUCUGUGAGCGUGGCGAGACCAACAAGAUGAUGCCUCAAAAUGUCGGUAUUGUGUUUGGCCCCACCCUCAUGAAGGCCCGCGAAGAGACAAUGGAAAUUGUCGUCAACAUGGGUCUACAAACGAACGUGAUUGAAGUCAUGGUCGGGCACCACAAGGAAAUUUUCCCAUAAGAAACCCCCUCCCUUCCAGUCGUGUCGUGGGUGGCCUUUAUGGGCCUUGUAUUAUGUUUGCUGCGCUUUCAAGCUGAGCCUCUGCUAGUUUCAGGAGCCAAACGUUUGUUGUACUUGUUUGAUGGCAGGUGAUUCUGUUUUUUGUUUUUGAUGUUUUCCCUUUACUAGUGUUGUUUUGCUCUGUCGGAAGUUUCUUUUUUUGGUUUUUUAUUUUCUUUUUAUCGCUUGUUUUCGUGCUGUUAUUGUUGUUGUUGUUGUUGUUCCGCUGCCAAAUGUGCGAUUGAGUCCUUGUUGUUAUUCAAUGUCAUUACAACAUGUUGUGAUCUGGCUUUGCGCGAA